UUCUGAUUGGUCGCUAAGCAGAUUACCACGAUUACGAAAUCGAGUUGCGUUUAAUUGCCGCCGUAGAUAUUGGGUUUAUUGUUGUCUGUGCUGAUUAAAAAGGGAUAAAUUUUUCCGCCCGUUUAUUUGUAUGAUUGCUUAGUAGUGACACGCCUAAUCAAACAUAAUCCAAAAACGUCAAUUCGAUAUAUUUUAUUGCACAUCAUGAUGGCUGAGAAUACUAUCAACUUUACGCUACCUAAAACUAUCAAAUGAAGACUUCGCAACUGCAGAUUUUACAAUAACACGAAGUGGAAAUAAAAUGAACGAAUUUUCGGUUUUAUAUGACGAUGUUUGUCAACGUGUUUCACGAUCUCUUAUGGAAGCACUAAAACCGUUUGACGUGUAUUUAGAGGAAGUGGGGCGUCCUGUUGUCCCGCCAAUAACUUUGUCGUCUACUUUCCAACAACUUUCUCCUGGUGUUGCAAAAUAUGACUAUUCUAGGUCUGGAAAUUUCUCUAGGGAGUGUUUGGAAAAGUGCAUAGCAUCUCUGGAAGACGGUCAUGACUGCUGUGUCUUUAGUUCUGGUCUUGCAGCCCUAGGAACUCUCAUUCAGGUCUUAUCAAGUGAUGACCACAUCGUUGCGUUCGAUGAUCUAUACGGAGGAAAUGGGCGAUAUCUGCGUCGACUUGCUUCGAAAUCUGGAAUAACAACUACUUUCGUUGACAUGCGUGACUUAAAAUUGUUUCAACAGGCGUUACAGACAAACACUCGUUUAGUCCUUAUAGAAUCUCCAUCAAAUCCUUUAAUGCGUCUGGUCGAUAUAAGUGCUGUUGCAUCUAUCGCUCAUGCGUUUAACAAAGAAAUUAUUGUUGUUGUUGACAAUACUUUCAUGAGUUCUUAUUUUCAACGUCCACUUGAUCAUGGAGCAAAUGUUGUCUUACACUCUCUCACAAAGUAUAUGAAUGGUCAUUCUGAUGUAGUUAUGGGCGCACUGGUUACACGUAAUCAAUCAGAACUACACAAGCAGCUAAGAUUCAUACAGUAUGCUGCAGGAGCUGUUCCAUCUCCAUUUGACUGUAUGUUAUGUCUUAGAGGAUUACGCACAUUACCAAUACGAAUGAAAGCGCACAUGAGAAGUGGACUUAUAGUGGCUAUGAUGCUUGAGAAACAUCCGCUUGUUGAAAGGGUCCUACAUCCAGGUUUAGAGUCAUUUCCUCAGAGAGAUAUUAUCGCGAAGCAGAUGCGUGGUUUUAGUGGUAUGAUAACUGUUUAUCUGCGAUGUACUGGGGAACAAACAAAAACGUUUAUUACAAAUCUGAAGUUGUUUACGUUAGCCGAAAGUUUAGGGGGUUAUGAGAGCCUUAUUGAAAUUCCGUCCAUUAUGACACACGCAUCAGUUCCAAAUGAAGUUCGUGAGGCCAACGGGAUCACUGAUAAUAUGCUUCGCUUGUCAGUGGGACUAGAAGAUCCGAAGGACCUAUCACUCGACUUAUAUGAAGCAUUUAACAAAUUGAACCAAAAUCUCAAACCAAAAUAAGCUUAUCCUAUUUAACUAUUGACCGACGUUUCUGCAAAUAAAUACACAUGAUAAAUACUUUGAA